AUGACUACGACCGACAAUUGUGAAACCAAAGCCCAGGAUAUGGCCUCAGAAGAGGAAGAACAAAGAAACUGGAGGGGUAUUUGUAUAGCCUUACUCGUCAUUGCAACAGUUUGUUCCCUCAUCAUCACAUCUGUCGUCCUGCUCUCUCCGGGUCCUGAAGAACCUCGCGUGAAAAAUCCGAGAUUCUCCUUAGAGGAAGUGAUAUCUGGGGAGUACGAGCCCAGGGUUUUCAACGGAUCUUGGAUUUCUGAUACAGAAGUGACCUUCCAAGAUCCGGACGGUGCCAUUGUUAUUUACAAUGCCCAAACGAAUGAAGAAACAAUCAUAGUUAAAAAUGUUACUUUAGUAAGUAUAACAUGACGUUUUAGAACAUAUUUUAAGCAAUAUAAGUAAAACUAGUACCUACUCGUUCAGAAAUGUAUGAAAAUUAACACCAUUCUUCUAUUCAAUCAGCUACUCAGCUACGAGAUUUGUAUAACAAUAGUGGCAACACAUCGAUAAUUCUAAGAAAGAUUUUUACUACCAAAAGUACAAACACUUACAGUUCCUCAAUGUA